AUGGACUGUGGCUGGUGUAUUAAAAAUUAUGAUCUGACAAUGUUCAAAAUGUUUUUGUUAGUGUUAAGUCUCUUAGGACUAUGUCGAAUCAGUGUAGGACAGCUUAUACAGUUUGGACAAUGCAACGAAAAUAUAGAUUUGGAUGCAAACUUUAACUAUGAAAAUAUCUUAGGAAAUUGGCAUGAGCUCCGAACGACUGAAAUGCUGAGUGGAGAAUGUUCGCAUUACCAGUUCAAUGAAGAUAACACUGUAGUCCGGAACAGCGUGAACGAAAACUUCGAGGACACGCUAACCGGUAUUGUGGAGGUAGAAAAUAACACCGCAAAGAUGACCGUCAACUGGAGCUCUUCUUCUGGCUCUCAAGAUUUCUGGGUGCUUCUCAAUAACAACGCUAUACAAAGCCUAGUCACCUACAAAUGUGUUAACAUAUCCCCAUCACAGAGAAGCGUGUCCUUGUGGAUUAUGAGUAGAAGUGAGACAAUAAGCACUAUAGGUUGGUCUUUCAUCAAUACUACUCUUAUAAAUAAUUUGGAUAUUAAUAUCGAUGAUCUUCGCGAAGUGUCUCGUAGUGCUACCGCAUGCUACGUUUUGCCGACCAUAGAACCAGGGAAACCAAUAAUUUUGCCUGGACAAUGCAACGAGGACAUCAGUGUAGUACAAGAAUUCAAUGUAGCUGCUUUUACUGGUCUAUGGCAUGAAGUCGCUAGCUACUACUCGGAAAAUUCGGAAAACCGUUGUACAAGAGCUCAGUACACUGCCAAUGGAGACGUUGUUGAGGUUAUUAAUAGUCAGGUCAUUAACGAAAGCCUCGCUAUCAUAGAAGGUACAGCAACGGUAGCCAGCACAGAUGGCAGUGCGAGACUAUCCGUAUCACUCUUCGUUAAUGGCGAAACUGUUCAGCAAAAUCUGCUGGUUCUCGCGACUGACUACUCAAGCUAUGCUGUUUCAUACACAUGCAUAAAUUUACCGGAUGACACAAUGCGAGUAUUUAGCUGGAUCCUUAGCAGAAACCGCCUGCUAUCUGAGUCUGCACAAGCAGCGGUGAACCAGGUCAUAGCCUCGGAGAUUACCCUCAAUAACAAAUACUUCACACAGUCGGACCAAUCAAACGAAGGCUGCUUCUUUUUCCCCGACGUUGUUGCUGGACAGCCAGUUGUAUUCCGUGGAGGGUGUAAUGCAAGCAUUGCAGUUGUUCAGGACUUUGACCCUGUAGCAUAUAUGGGAAUAUGGCACGAUAUCGAAUCUUAUCCAUCAGUCUUUCAAACUGGCGACUGUAGAAAUGCUAACUAUGAAUUGACCAAUGUAGUAGAAGUCCUCAAUACGCAAGUCAUUAAUCAGACCCUCGACACAAUGAGGGGAGUUGCUGUACUAGUAUCAGAUGACAACUCUGCCAAGCUUGAAGUGACAUUCCCCGUUGCUGAUACGGAUGUAUCCAUCACUACUGACUACUGGGUCUUAAGUACAGAUUAUAAGUCGUACGCUCUUGUAUACACUUGUUUGGAAUUGCCCGCAACAGAGGAAAAACAAGUAUGGGCUUGGAAGCUGAGUCGUACAAAGGAAUUAACCCAAUCAGCUUCGGAUAGUAUCAACGAGGCAAUGGCGCAGGUUCCUGUUUUGGACCAACGGUACUUCGUCCCAGUUGAUCAGAGUCCAGAUGGCUGCUUCUACUUCCCUGAACCUCAAUCUGGGGUACCAGUAGUCUUUCCCGGUCAAUGUGAUGAGAAUAUCGCCGUUGUUCAGGACUUCAAUCUAACACAGUUUCAAGGUACCUGGAUCGAAAUAGAGGCUUACCCCAAAGAAGAAGUGCAAGGACAAUGUAUCAGACAUCAAUACUCUAUCGGCACCGGGAAUGUGUUGAAUUUACAAUCGACGCAAAUAGAAGAUCAAUUCCUACAGACCACCAACGGAAUUCUAUCGUUCGCAAAUGCCAAUGACAAUUCUGGAAGACUAGUGAUUACUCUGGACGGAGGUAUUGAAAUUCCUUUCUGGAUACUGGACACCGACUAUGUUGAUUAUGCUUUGGCUUACAGCUGUGUAAAUAGUGGCGAUGAUUUCAGAAGAGUUUUCUCUUGGAAACUCAGUAGGACAAACGUAUUGUCUGGCAGUGCAACAACAGCCAUUGCAAAUGUGAUGUCAAAAAUUGAUGUAUUGGGACAACAAUAUUUUGAGCAUGUUGAUCAGUCACUGGAUGCCUGCUUUUAUCUACCAGAUCUAGAGCCAGGAGAGCCUAUUAUACUAGUAGGACAAUGUGACCCCAACAUUACAGUAGCCCCAAACUUUGUCGCCAGUUCGUUCUUGGGCCGUUGGCGUUUGAUUGAAAGCUAUCCUUCUGAAUUCCAAAAUGGUGAAUGCAGUGACGCUACAUAUGAUCUCAAUUCCAAUGGAAUUAUUGAUGUUCGAAAUACAGAAGUAAUUGACACAACUCUAUCUGUUAUCAACGGUCAAGCUACUAUAAUAGAUGACGCCAAGCUACUACCACUGGAAUACUGGAUCUUGGACACCGAUUAUACUUCGUAUGCAUUAGUAUAUACCUGCCUAAACCUGGAUAGCGAGACAAGAAGAGUGUGGAGUUGGAAAAUGAGCCGCACUAGGAGUUUAACACCAGAAGCAAACGCUGCUAUAAAUCAGAAAAUAAACACCAUCAACGUACUAAACAAUAGAUACUAUGAAGAAAUCAGCCACUCGGAUGAGGAUUGUUUCUAUUUCCCGGAACCUUCGCAAACGCCAGUCCAGUUCCGAGGACAAUGUGAUCCGAAUAUACAAACCUACCAAGGCUUAUGGCACACCAUAGAACAAUAUCCUUCAUUUAAUCAAGAAGGUACUUGUGGCAAUGCUAUGUACCAACUUGGUGAAGACGGUGUGAUCGUAUUCAACACAGAAGUGGUCAACCAAACCUUGAGCACAAUAACAGGACUGGCUGUGGUAGCUUCAGAUGAUGGAAGUGCAAAGCUCGAUGUCGUAUUCCCUAUACUUGGAACCAACCUUACAAUCACAACAAGCUACUGGGUGCUAGAUACAGAUUAUGACUCCUACUCUCUCGUUUACUCUUGCGAACAAAUCGAUGAAGAAUAUAGGCGUGAAGCGACAAACAACAUCAAUAACACAAUUAGCGGUAUUCAAGUGUUGGAUGACCGGUAUUAUUAUGAAAUGGACCAAUCUCCCGACGGUUGCUUCUACUAUCCAGAGCCACAGCCUGGCGUGCCGGUCGUCUUUCCUGGACAGUGCGACGAGACUAUAGAUGUCGUUCAGAACUUCAAUCUGACUCAGUUCCAAGGUAUCUGGCAUGAAAUUGAAGCAUACCCCAAGACCGAAGUGCAGGGCCAAUGUGUUAUUCAUGAAUACACAGAAAACAGCCAGAGCAGCUUGAAUUUACAAACCUCGCAAGUCGACGGCCAAUCUUUAAUUACUUCUUCAGGAACAUUAUCUUUUACAUCCAAUGACAACAGCGCUAAGAUGGCUAUUAAUAUCAACGUUAAUGGACAAGUGAUCAACAUUCCAUUCUGGAUAUUAAGUACGGACUAUAUCGACUACGCUUUGGCAUACAGUUGCGUCAACAUUGGCGUCGAUACAAGAGCAGUUUACAGUUGGAAACUCAGUCGGUCACAAGAGCUUUCAGAAAAUGCUAACGUUCAAAUUGAUGAAACGAUGGCCAGUGUACCUGUCCUGCGUUCCGACUACUAUGAAAAAGUCGAUCAAUCUGCAGAUGCGUGCUUCUAUUUCCCUGAACUGGGUCCUAAUGAAGCCGUUACUUUCAGAGGACAAUGUGACCCUAACAUUAAAGUUGUAGAAAACUUCGAUGGAGUAGCUUAUAUGGGACUUUGGCGACUGAUAGAGACCUACCACUCGGAUUUCCAAAGUGGCGAAUGUCAGGAAGCAACUUAUAUAUUAAAUGUCGACGGAACUGUUGACGUUAUCAAUACGCAGGUGGUGAACGAGAACUUAUUGACUGUUAAUGGCUUAGCCACUGUUAUAGGUGACGGGAAACUGCUGGUCAAUUUUCCAGGCGCUGAAGAACCAACUGAAUAUUGGAUUAUAGACACCGACUACACAUCAUACUCUUUAGUCUACUCUUGUCGCAAUCUUGAUAAUCAACGGAGAAGAGUUUGGAGUUGGAAGAUGAGUCGGGGAGUGGAAUUGACAGAUUCCGACAGGGAAAAUAUCGAUAGUGCGAUGGAAGCCAUCGACGUGAUAGACAACCGUUAUUUCUAUGAAAUUAGCCAUACGCCUGCUUCAUGUUUCUACUUCCCAGAGCCGGACUCCAUGACACCGGUCAGAUUCCGAGGACAAUGCGACCUGGACAUACCAGCCGUAUCUAAUUUCGAUGUUGAAAAGUACUUGGGCUUAUGGCACAACAUCCAACUAUAUCCAUCAGAGUUCCAAAGCGGCUCUUGUAGCAAUGCUUACUACAGUAUUGGACUAGAAGGCGUUGAUGUCCUGAACACACAGGUCAUAAAUCAAACCCUCGAUACAAUCAUUGGACUAGCAGUCCUUGACUCUGAUGACGGAAGUGGAAAACUCAAAGUCACUUUCCCCGUAGCAGACACUAGUGAUACCGUUUCAACAAGCUACUGGGUGUUAGCCACUGAUUACAUAUCCUACUCUUUGGUUUAUACGUGCAUACAACUCGAGAACAGUAGGCUUGUGUACAGUUGGAAACUAAGCAGAACAAAAGAGUUAUCAUUGGAAGCAGAAGCGGCUAUCAACAAUGUGACUAGUGCCAUUCAGGUGUUGGACGAACGCUACUACAAUACUGUAGAUCAGUCUCCUAGUGGUUGUUUCUACUUCCCUGAGCAUCAGCCAGGAGUACCCGUUAAUUUUCCAGGACAGUGUGAUGAUAAUAUCAACGUUGUUCAAAACUUCAGUCUAGAUCAGUUCGAAGGUUUAUGGCAUGAAAUUGAAGCGUAUCCGAAAGAACAACAGCAAGGACAAUGUAUUAACCACCAAUUCAGUUCAGGUCAAACAGGUUCAAACACUUUGAACCUACAAUCAACGCAAGUCGCCAAUUUAUCUUUGGGCGUCAACAAUGGUGUUCUUAGUUUCGCAUCUACAGAUGGCAGUGCAAGAAUGACCAUCACUAUCACAGUCGAAGGGCAAGAAAUCACCAUACCUUACUGGAUCUUAGCCACAGAUUAUACUGACUACGCCCUUGCUUACAGCUGCGUCAAUCUUGCCAAUGAACGUAGAGCAGUUUACAGUUGGAAACUCAGUAAGAACAGGGAGCUGAGUAGUGCUGCUAAUGAUAAGAUAAAUGAAAUCAUUGACACUAUCGACGUUCUGGGUCAACAGUAUUACGAAAAGAUUGACCAAACUGAUGAUGCUUGUUUCUAUUUGCCUGAAUUGGGUCCUGACGAUUCAGUAAUAUUCAGAGGGCAGUGUGACGAGAAUAUUUCUGGUGUCCAAAAUUUCGACGCUUCUUUGUACAUUGGACUUUGGAGAUCAAUAGAGACAUAUCAAUCGGACUUCCAAGGAGGCACUUGUAUUCAAGCCACGUAUAUCCCCUCUGACGAGGGAGUGAUAGUUUAUAAUACUCAAGUCAUAAAUCAAACUCUGGAUACGAUAAACGGAACUGCUAUUGUUGGUUCAACUGAUGGAAGUGGACUGUUACUUGUCGACUUUCCGACCAGUCCUGAACUGGCAAAGUACUACAUAUUAGCCACAGAUUACUUCUCAUAUUCCUUGGUAUAUAGUUGCAGAAAUAUUAAUCCUGAACAAAGACAAGUAUGGGCCUGGAAGCUAAGUCGCGAAAGAGAGCUGAGUGAAACAGCGAACAAUAUCAUCGACGAAGUCAUGGAAAGCAUCAAUGUACUGGACAAUCGGUACUUCCAGAAUAUUCCACAGGACCAAGCAGCGUGCUUCUAUUACCCAGAACCCAACGGUAAACCCGUAACCUUCAGAGGGCAGUGUGACGAGAGCGUCGCUGUUGUUCAGAAUUUCAACGUUGAAGCAUACCAAGGAGUCUGGUACGACAUAGAAAGUUUCCCUCAAAACUUCCAAACUGGAACAUGCCCCACAGCCACGUACACUCUUAACGAUGAAGGAACAGUGGAUGUUUAUAAUACGCAAGUGGUCAAUCAGCAGUUAGAUGAAAUUUCGGCUGUUGCCGUCCUGGCUACCGAUGACGGCUCUGCUAAACUUGAUGUUACCUUCCCAAUCGCUGGCACAGAUUUAACCAUAACUACGCCGUACUGGGUCCUGGCUACAGAUUACUCCAAUUACUCCCUAGUGUACUCCUGUGAGAAAAUUACCGAGGACAGUUAUAGAGUAUCAAGUUGGAAACUAAGUAGAGAAAAGGAGCUCUCGAAUGAUGCUAUAUCAGCUAUGGCAGAAGCGCAACAAAAUGUAAAGGAGCUUCUCGAUAUAUAUUACGAAGAGCGAGGACAUACUGAAGAAAAUUGCUUCUUUUACCCUGACAAUAAUGGUGGUCCAGUCAUUCUUGAUGGUCAAUGCGAAGAUGCUGAUGAUGUCGAUGUUGUUACUGACUUUGAUGCUAAUAGUUUCAGCGGCACAUGGUAUGAAAUCGAACGGUUCCCAUCAGAAAUACAAAAUGGAGAAUGCGUGGCGAACCAGUUUGAAAGCAACCAAAACGGUUUUGCCAUAAACAAAACUAUAAUAUACAAUGAAAGACUUCAAACCUUCACUGGACAAGCGACUCUUUCACCAGACAACAGGGGAGUUUUGUCAAUUAGUCUCAGCAAUGGAGUAGAUACCAUAAACGGCAAUCUUUUCGUCCUUGACACUGACUACGUAGAUUAUGCUCUCUUGUACAGUUGCAGAAAUGUUAACAAUGAACAAAAACAAGUGUACAGUUGGAAGGUCAGCCGAAACCAGAAUGAACUCUCCCAGAAUGCCAACGUGAAUAUCGAUGCUAUUGUCACCGACCGCAGGUUCCUCUUCCAAAACUAUUAUGAGAAGACCGAGCAGGACAGCAGUGCUUGCUUCUAUUAUCCAGUAUUUGACGGCCCACAAACUAGUAUCAAACUGCCUGGUCUUUGCAAUACCAGCAUUACAGGCAUACCAAACUUCGAUGCCGCAAGUUACCUAGGCCUGUGGUACGAAAUUUCCAGUUAUCCUGAGCCCAAUCAAAUUGGGGAAUGUGCUCGUGCAUUGUACGCCCCUGGCAAUAACGUUGUAGAUGUCACGAACACUCAAGUAGCGAACAGAACGCUUCUAUCACAAACUGGAUCAGCUGUAGUGGCUUCUACAGACGGCAGUGGAUUAUUAACAGUGACAUUCGUCGUAAACGGAGAAACUAGGACAGCCAGUUAUUAUAUACUCGCUACGGAUUACGCCAGCUAUUCUCUCGUUUAUAAUUGCCGCAACUUAGAAGAUGGAAGACGAGAAGUGUUUAGUUGGAAACUAAGCCGAACCAAAACUCUAAGCGACUCAGCUAGUGCCGCUAUCGAUACGGCCAUUGGAUCUACUCAAGGUCUUCUUGAAGAUUACUACGAACCAACUAGCCAAAGCGACGAAGAUUGCUUCUAUGUUCCUGAAUUCGUGUCAGAUCAGACGUUGCGUUUCAGAGGCCGCUGUGAUCAAUUCACGGGGACAUUCCAAAACUUUGAAUCUCAAAAAUACUUGAACAAACGAUGGCAUGAAAUUGCAAGAUACCCAUCGGAUGAAAAUGGUGGCAACUGUGUUAGUACCAGUUACCAAACUUCUGGCAACACUAUAACGUUUGAGGGAACCAGAGUCUUCGGCAUCAACGAUGGUAGAGUCACCAGUGGCACUGCCACUAUGAAUGCUAAUGGUCAAAUACAAAGAACUUACGCCGAUGGAUCAAUGGAAAUUUUGUGGGUUUUGGCAACCGAUUACGAUACUUACUCGCUUCUGCUCUCAUGUGAGGACAUUGAUGAUGAAUACAUGCAAGUUUGGAGUGCUAAACACAGUAGCACAAGAUCUCUCAGCUCCGAAGCAGAGAAUGCUCUAGCACCUGUGAUAGACGACAACGAUCUGCUCUACGAUGAGUUCUUCAUGGAUGUCGAUCAAUCCGACAGCGCUUGCUUCUUCUAUCCAACACAAGAUGGACAGUCAGUAAUACUGCCUGGACAGUGUGAUGUCAACAUACAGACAGAGCAAGAUUUCGAUCUGACAGCAUAUACUGGCACUUGGUAUCAAAUAGAAAGAUACCCAUACCCUCAAGUCAGCGCUGAUAGUACCUGCAUUGGGACCAGAUACACGCAACAAAGCGAUAAUGAAUUAGAUGUAUUAAACUGGGAGAUCAAUGAUGGAGAUCUAAAUACAAUUCCAGGUGUAGCUACACUCGAAAGUGCUAAUAACGCCACUAUUCUGAAAGUUGUUCUACAAACCGACCCUGAUGACGAAGAAGCCACAGUCACAGCUAAUGUUUAUGUGCUGAAGACGGACUACGUAUCUUACUCUCUGGUGUACACAUGUGAGAAUAUUGACGAGUACCACAGAACCGUAGUCGCUAUCAAGCUCAGUCGCACGCGUUCAUUGCCAUCGGCAGCGCAAAAUGAAAUCAACUCAUUCAUGGCCACUAGAGAUGAAUUGCACCAGCCAUUCUUCAUACAAGUGACGCACAACGAAGAAUGCGAAGAUCCCAGCUCUUCGUAUCUUAUAAAAAGCAGUAUUAUUGUCACGUUGUUAUGUCUCAUUAUACAAACUUUAAUAUAA